GAUGGCGUCGCUUGUGAAGUCGACACGAGUGUGUCUGGCCCCGGUAUGUCGUACAUGGUCACAGCAAGUUCGAAUGAAGCAUAAGUUUAACAGUAAAAAACCUUGGAAAAAUCAUCGCUCCCACAAGUACAGGAUAUUCCAGGCAGUGACACAACCAUUGUAUGUACAUGAAGAUUAUCCAGUGCAAACAUGCCCUCGUUUGGAGAGGAAAAAAAACCUUCAGGAGAAUGCUGAUGAUGCGAUGUCGCCUGCCGAGGAAUUCAUCUAUAGGGGAUGUGAGCAUAUGUUUCAAGAGAACAAGAUGAUUAUAGUGUGUCAGGUGCUGCCCUGUCCUGCUGUUGAGGUAGCCAAGGCCAAAGGAUUACUUUUAAAAUUUGGACUGAAACUCAAAGUCUACAGCAACAAAUAUGCAAGAAUGGCUGUGACUGGAACAGAACUGGAAAAUAUGAAGCCAUGGUUUCAAGGGAGAAAUGUCUUCCUUGUCUCUGAAGAGCAAAAUAUAGCAGCAGUAGUGAAAAACCUUCGGAAAAUACCGUUUUUAUUGAUGUUAGGCGGGCUUGUUGAUGGGCGGUUGCUCACAAAGGAAGGCAUAAUGACACUAUCCAAAUUGCCACCAAUUGAGGAGCUGAGAGGGGAGCUCUGUAGCAUUCUAAAUAUGGCUGCUGGGGGUCGCACCUUGUCCCUUCUCGAUACACAUCAACAGACACUGGCCACUAAUCUGGACCAGUUGGUGAAACAAGGAAACACUGACCCUUCAUCUGAAGAGGGUGUCAAGAACCAAAAUUAGAGCGUUGUUUUGAUCAAUGUGUUAUCAAUUUGUUAUAAAUUAUAAAUCAUGGAAGAUUGUGCUGUACAAUAAUUAACCAAAGAGGAUUACAGGUCAGCAUUCAAUCAACCAUCAAAAUUGCGAGCCAGUGUGUAAUGAGUCAGAGAGAAUUGCUGGUCAGCAUUCAAUCAACCAUCAAAAUUGCGAGCCAGUGUGUGAUGAGUCAGAGAGGAUUGCUGGUCAGCAUUCAAUCAACCAUCAAAAUUGCGAGUCAUUGUGUGAUGAGUCAGAGAGGAUUGCUGGUCAGCAUUCAAUCAACCAUCAAAAUGUGAUGAACCAUAGAGGAUUGUGGAUUGACUAAGCACCUUUUACUAGGUCUCAUCAGAGAAAGUUUGGAUCAUCAUUUGUUGUCAUUUGAUAAAUUUGGAAUUGUCAAUGUUGAGCACUUUUCAGUGAAUAAAUUUAAGUCAGACUCCUAA